CCAGUAUGCACAGAUGCAAGAUGCUUGGCUGCGCCUCGAAGUUCUUCACAUAUGAGACGACAAAAUCUGUUGUGGUGAAGAGCUGGACCCUGGGCAUCAUCAAUCGCACCGUUCAGCUUCUUAUCAUCGUCUACUUUGUUUGGUCAGUACCUCAAGGGAGUGUGUGUGAGUGCAUCUAAGGAGGUUUGCCUUGUUUUUCGUACAUAGUGGGUAAAAUGCCUAAUAAAUUGUAUAACUGAACGAUCCUCUGAUUGUUUACACAGCUUCUUAAUUGCAAAUUAUCAGAAGAGUUAUUAUUCAUUUUUUAAAUCUCUUUAUUGGGUUUUUGCGGUGAGACAUCCAUCGAUCCAUUCAUUUUCCAAACUGCUUAUCCUACUGGGUUGUGGUGGGUCCGGAGCCUAUCCCGGAAACAACCCAGCAUGGGGGGCCAGCCCAUCGCAGGGCACACUCACACACCAUUCACUCUCACAUGCACACCUACGGCCAAUUAGUGGAGUACAACAUGAAGCGCAAUAUAAUUGCAUUAGUCCUAGUCAUUUAUCACUGAUCAUGCCCAAAUCUAUUAAAUGCUACAAACCCUUAACUCUGUCCUCCCUCCACUAAUACUAACCCCUACCCUUAUCACACCCUGAAAUAUUAAAUGGGACGGUGAGUGCGCAAGAACUGAGAAAAGAAAAUGAAAUCAGAUCAAUCAAUGUAAUAAAUCAACUAAAAACAAGUUGAAAAAGAAAUGAAUGAAUGAAUGAAUGAAUGAAUGAGUGCAGUUGGAUUAAAGUACCUAUAUAACACGGGCAUAGAUGUGGGUUUUGACUACUGUGGCUUAGAUUGCAUGACUAGUCCAAUUUAAUUUUGAUAGUCAGAAUACCAUCUUCUGAGAUGUGGUUCCAGGCUUUAUGGAAGGGUUUAAGGGAGCCGUUUACAUCGUAAAAGGGCAUGCCUAGCCUGUAUGGAAGAAGAGUGAUUCAGCUUAAGAGUGUUGUCCCACCUCUCAUCCGCAGUAUCACAUCCAAGGUCUUUUUUACCAUUUUUUUAGAGCAGCAGUGGGCCUAAGAUUAAUAGAGAGAGAAUGAAUUCAUAUAUAAGUUGAAAGAAGUGGCUUUUCUGCGGUGAUCCAAGGGUGAGAGAGCUGUGGAGCCUGGACUGAGACUGUGAACGGACUGGGCUGAGACUGUGAACGGACUGGGCUGAGACUGUGAACGGACUGGGCUGAGACUGUGAACGGACUGGGCUGAGACUGUGAACGGACUGGGCUGAGACUGUGAACGGACUGGGCUGAGACUGUGAACGGACUGGGCUGAGACUGUGAACGGACUGGGCUGAGACUGUGAACGGACUGGGCUGAGACUGUGAACGGACUGGGCUGAGACUGUGAACGGACUGGGCUGAGACUGUGAAAGGAGGGAUAUUGUUUUAGUAUAAAAUGCCUCAUUUGGAAAAACAGGGAAGAGGUGUAUUUUAGGAAGAAUGAAUUUAUCUGCCAAGUUAGCAAAGGAACGGAAAACAUGUUUGUUGCAGAGGGUCUCGAUAGUAGUCAGGCUAUUUUUGGUCUAUAACUGGAAGGCUGAAUCAGAAGGAAAAAAAUGAAAGAAAUCAGUGAUUAUUUAUGAUAAGACUGAGAGCCUAUGCAGACUGAAACAGGCCCUAAACUGUUUUUAAAACUAAUUUUGACGGUGUUCGGCUUCCUUGUCUGUAAUUGUUAACGGUAACGCGGAGCCAAUGGCUGAGUGGAGUGACAGCUGUGAGAAACCCAGAGGGGGCGGGGGCUCAGGGUCUGGAUUAUUAAUCCAUAAGAGUAGUUUGUCGAAGUAUAGUAGUGAUGGAGGUUAGCCCCCCCCCCCCCCCCCAAUAUGUGCAGACUUAUCGGCCCAUAUGAAUGGAUUUACAGGCUGGUUCACAACAAUUUUGAUCAUAUUAACUAGACCCUCCAAUGGAAGAGGAAGGGACUGACUGUGGGUCAACUUCAGCUCAUCUAAGAGGAAACAUGACUUGGUUAUGAAGAAGCCCCAGGUAUCUGAGACCUUCUAUGACCUAUGACCUAUGAAGGAAAGAGAGACUGGAGGAGUUCUUCAGCAAAGUGAUUAAUGGAAAAAAAGUUUGCUGUUAUGAAAGUUUAAUUUAUAUCCUGUGAAAUAUCCAAGCUGAUUUAGGAGAUUAAGAACAGCAGAAGAGAGAACGUGAGGUUGGAUAAUGUACAAGAGGAGGGUCUUCUGUAAGUGAGCGCUUAUGACCAACACCAAGCCGGGUGACGGCUUUGAAACGCUCUCCAUCGCGAUGCCAAACUGCCAGGGGCUCAAUGGAAAGGGCGGAUAAAAGAGGAGAAAGUAGGCAGCCUCGGCUGGAAAGGGGCACGAUGAAUGCUACCGCUGGGUAUUCCUGCAUGAAAAAGCCUACCAGCUACAGGACACAGCCAUCGAGUCCUCAGUUACGACGAAGGUGAAAGGCAAUGGCAUUUAUGAUGACAAAGUCAUGGACAUAACGGAUUUAAUUUCACCCCCAGAGGGCACGUCUGUGUUCUGCAUCACCACGAGACUCAUCACCACAAAACACCAGUUUCGAGGUUCCUGUCCACAUAGAAAGUAUAGCUGCAACAAGACAGAAGACUGCAAGAAAUACAUGAGUCAAUCAGAUAAUGGCAUAAUAACCGGCAGGUGUGUGGAAUGUAACUCCUCCCAUUUCUGCUGUGAGGUGAGGGGCUGGUGUCCUACUGAAGUUUCUGCCAUGGACACGAGUCCCAUAACGGAGGUGGAGAACUUCACCAUCUUCAUCAAAAAUAGCAUCCGUUUUCCCACCUUCGACUUCAGCAAGGGUAAUUUUUUGACAAACAUCACUGCGAAACACAUACAGACAUGUAAAUUUGACAUGCAAGACAACAUCUACUGCCCAAUUUUUAAGGUGAGGGACGUCCUCCAUUACGCCAAUCAGAACUUCUCGGCGAUCGCCCAGGAUGGUGGCGUGAUUGGGAUAAAGAUUGGUUGGCUGUGUGAUUUGGAUUGGUCAGAGGAGCACUGUAACCCCACCUACACCUUCAAUCGCCUUGAUGCGCUGUCACAACGAAACAACAUCUCCAAGGGUUACAACUUCAGGUAUGCCAAGUAUUACACAAAUGAGAAUGGAACGGAAUAUCGCACACUAUUCAAGGUCUUUGCCAUUAGAUUUGAUGUGCUGGUCUAUGGUCAGGCUGGGAAGUUUAAUUUGAUUCCAGCACUCAUCAAUUUUGUGGCAGCCUUUACCUCAGUUGGACUGGGCACGGUUCUCUGUGACAUCAUUUUGCUGCACUUUCUGAAGGGAUCGGAUCAGUACAAAGCCAAGAAAUUUGAACAGGUGACAGCGAUUACGAACACGUCAUGCAUCGCCAAGACCAAUGAUGGGUAUCAAGGCAGUUGCCAACUGCUUUCAGUUAAGCAUAAAGAAAGGGGAGAUGUCAUUGAAUUUCGCAGUGAGCAAGGCAGUCAAUUAACAAAGACUCUCAAGAAAUAAGAGAAGGUUUCAGGUCAUGUUUUUCUAGCACUGCAUCUUGCAAAUAAGUCAACUGUCCGUAAAUAUUUUGAUCAUUUUGGAAAGUUAAUGUAUCACUGUAACUUUGCAUGAUGGGAGCCAUAGUGUCUCUGCUAAACUACUAAAUUCAGACCCAUAAUGAUACUGUUUCAUACUGCAGGGAUGAGAGAUCUGUGUUAUUUUAUUUUUCUUUCUAUGAUUUAAUUUACAAUUUUUUAGUUUUCAUUAAAAUAUAAUUGUUGAGUAUGACUCUCAUGACUGAAACCAGGAUAAGUGGCUGGAAAAUGUGUGGAUGGAUGGAUGGAUGGAUGGAUGGAUGGAUGGAUGGAUAUUGGGUAGGAUGAAACUUCGUCUUAUUGUGUAUAAAGUAUACUGGGAAAUUUUUAAAUAAACUGUUUUCUUCUG